AUGACACGCAAUAUCGAAGAAGAGGAAGAGGAAGAGGAGGAGGAGGAGGAAGAUGAAACGCCAGUUACUAUAAGUAGGAGUACCGGUUUCAAAAUGGUUACUAGCACGAUACCAAGCGUGAAUCAGAACAAAGUAGAAACAAUGAGUAGCACUAAUGUUCGUAUGGAAUCGCAUGAAAUUGUUUCACAAGGACAAACACAGAACUCAGCAGAAGUUGCGAAAAAGGAAGCAGAAGCUCGUGCAGAAGCUGAAUUACGUCAGGCGAAAAUUAUUGCUGAGCAGAAAGAAGCAAUGGAGAGAGCACAGCAAGAAGCACUUCAACGAGCUCAGUUGGCUCAGCAGCAAGCCGUAAAAGAAGCACAAGAACGUGCUCAACGUGACGCUCAGAUGCGUCUUCAACAAGCGCAAGCUGAAGCUAAGGCCAAGCAAGCCGAAGCUGAAGCUAGGGCCAAGCAAGCCGAAGCUGAAGCUAGGGCCAAGCAAGCUGAAGCUGAAGCAAAAAAAAGGGCUCAGCAAGAAGCUCAAAUUAAGGCGGAACGGGAACGCGCAGAGCAACUUCGUGCUCAGCAGCAGGCCAAGAUGAUGGCUGCCAAACAAGCUCAACAGAGGCAAGUUCAAGCCCAAAAUUUACAACAAAAUCAACCAUCGAAUGCUCAACCGCAGCAACAAAUGAAGUAUCAGACUUCUCAACAACAACCUGAAGUGAUGACAAAACAGAAUCAGGUGCAAACACCAAAGUAUCAGGCACCAAUAAAACAAGUGCAAAAAACACCUCAGAAUCAGCAACCAGAAGUGAUGACAAAACAGAAUCAGAUGCAAGCUUCAAAAUAUCAAGCACCAGUAAAACAAGUGCAACAAACACUUCAGCAUCAACAACAAAAAAGAGGUCCAGCGGUACCAGCAAAACCAGAACAAGCAUCAUUGGUACGCCAAACUGCGCCUUCAGCAAUAUCUGCAGUUAGAGGUGGCCCAACAGGUCAUAAAUUAUCUGCAGGAGGGGUGCCGCAAGCUCAGGCUUCACCAGUAUCUGCAACACUUGCUCAACAACAAAUAUCAAGAACACAAUUAAUUCCAAACACUGGCGACAAGAUUCAAGUGGUGAGAGGUGGCGAUGUGCAGCAGGCUUACCUAAACAACCUCAAUAAGUCGGCGGAAGUGUUACCACAGCAAGAAGUAAAACCUAUCCAUACCCAAGACGACCAAUCAUGGGUAACGCAAAAUCGAAUACCGGUUGAAAUCCAAGCUCCUCAACCAGCAAAAAUCGCAAUCCCAGAAUUGCAUGGAAGUGUUGAAGUUAAGCCAACUGUAAUUGUUCCUCGCCCGUCACAGACAACUCGGGUAGAAUGGAAUGAGUUUCCACAAGAAGAAGUUAAGGAAUUGAUAGAUGCACCGCGCGUUAAAACUGGUGAAUGGCAUCCUGACAAUCAGGGUGAGAUUAUUGGAACACAGCCGAUCAGAAGUGCAUAUCAACCGGGUCGUAUUGGGAAUGUUUGGCCUCCGCCACAAAAUGAAAAUAUCGCACCACCACAAGAAGUAACGGUAACUAAAACAACAGAAGAUACGGCAUGGAGACGCGAUGAGAAAGCAGGAAUGGAAACAGGAACAGCUUGGGGUAAAAGUGUUCCGCAUAAUUUACAAAGAGUUUGGCCACCACCAGAAAAUGAAGUUCGUAUAGAUAGAUCUGUAGGUUCACGAUUGAAAACCAUACAAUGGCCACCACCAGAAUUUGAGCAACAAAUUCAACAGGACGUUGAUGUUCUUCAAACACGACUGCCUGUAAAACCAAAUCAACGCCAAUGGCCACCACCACCACCGGAAUAUGAAGAAUAUCCGAAUGAAACAGUGAUGGAACAAAAGAUAACAACAACAAAACAGGCACCGGCUCAACAGAUGCAAAAAACCGCUACAACUGCAGUAACGAAAGGAAUGAUACGUGUUGGUGGAGCAAGAUGA